UUUGUGCAUUCGAUACAGCCUGUCGACAGACGUACAAAUAAACUUCAAUCUAAAAACCCUGAAAAAUUUGCCACUAUCAUGCAAUUAAUGUAACAAGAUGGCUACUGGGGGUAUCAAAUUUGAAUAAAACCAUCGUCUUCCUAAAGACAGAAAUCUAAGUUAGACAGAAGAUACAGCUUUUAAAAGCUUAGUUCUUCUUAAUUCCAUGUAAAAGAGAUAUAUAUACAAAAACACUCUUCUUCUUUACUGCAGCCAAGCUACGAACGAUAGUGUAACUGUUUGCUAGACGUAAACUUAAAAAGGUAGGUACAUUAUGGUAACCCUACUGCGACGAGCAGUACCUCUAUUUUUUUGGGAUAUAAAAUUACCAUUUAAUUAUCAUCUACUUACUUUAAUUGAAUACAACUUAAUAGUAAACAUGCUUAUUGUUUUUUUCGCUUUCAUUGAAAAGUAAAGUAAAAAGCGUCUUCUUAAAUAACAACUAAUACUACUAUUGUCUACUAUGUUCGUAUCAAUAACUCGUAACUAUCAAGUAAGCAGGAAAGAUAAAACUCAUUAGUUAACAUCAUGAUCUGAAAGAGAGGGGUUGAUUAUCAUGAAGCUGUAAAGUGUAUGAAAGUUAUCCGCCCUUGCGCCAUGUCCGUCCGUAAGCUCCGCCCUAGGUCCGAGAGAUCGCGGGAAACCGAGCUUUUUCCACAGCGCUUACCCACCCGACCAAUCAUAGCACACCUCAGUCGCGUUGCGAGCGCCGCGCGGAGCGUACGUAUCUCGAGCCGACCGCUACAGCGCGCAUCAAAUAAUGUUUACGCGAUCGCUAAACUUGGACAAGAAAAACUUUUGAAUUAUCCUGUAAAUAUUUUGAAUGUGUUUUCCUUGUUUAAUAUUUAAGUUAGUGGACUUUGUAAAUAUAAAAUGGACAACAAAACAGCUUCAAAUCCCUCAUCACCACCAAGGGCUCAAGUGAAAAAAGAAAAUGAAGAAGAAAUCAAGUUGCUGAAUAAUAAUAAGGAUUUCGCCGAAACAGCAAUGAACGAGCUACUCGGCUGGUAUGGGUACGAGCGGCUGGAGCUGCGGCGCUGGGCGGCGUCACGCGCGCGCGACGCCUCCAGCCCCGAACAGGCCAGCGAACAAAAGAACAAAGACGAAUGCUCGUGGUGCAACAAAAGCUUGCCGACGGAAGGCUCCGCGCUGCAGCACGCCGGCGCCACUUUCUGCUCCGAGCUGUGCUUCAGUCAGUCGCGCCGCGCCAACUUCAAGCGGGCCAAGACCUGCGACUGGUGCCGGCAUGUCAGGCACACUGUGGCUUAUGUGGACUUUCAGGAUGGUGCCACUCAGCUACAGUUCUGUUCUGACAAAUGCCUGAACCAGUACAAGAUGCACAUAUUCUGCCGGGAGACACAAGCCCACCUCGAUCUCAACCCGCAUCUAGUGAAUGCGUCCUCCUCCUCCAACCUCAUCACUCCGGAACUGUGGCUCAAGAACUGCAAGAGCCGCUCAGCCUCACCGGCUUCUGAACGCUCUGGAUCUCCAAAUCAAGAGAUCAACCCCAGCAAAGCAAGUGCAGAAAAGACAGAACCGCAAAAGACACAAAACAGAUCUCCGCUUCCACUCAUAACUAUUGCGCCCACGGCCAAACUGAUGAAGCAGAAACGCUCUUCGGACGAAACGUUAGCUAUACAGAAGUCCCCCGAAGCAAAAAAAGACAUAAGAAACACAAAGAUGAAUCUUCGCAAACGAAGAACGUCAAAAUGCUCGGCCACGGUGACGUCACAGACUGUCAGACAGAGGACGUCGACUCCGAAGGCACAGGAUCUCAGGUUGUGCAGCCCGUCGGACGGGUCGUCGCCGGCAUCCACAGUGGGCAACGCACUGCACUCGCCGCCGCACCCCAUCAAUCACCACCCGCCGCCGCCACCGUUCCCCCCGAACCCCAUGUUCAGUAUGCCUCCGCCUGUGUUCAUGGACAACCACGACCCGCGGGUCCCACACAUGUUCCCGCCGCGGCUUAACUUCAUGCCUCGGCCUGCCUUCCCACUAGAGAGACCUCGGCUCCCACCACCACCACUCCUAAACUUCCCCACGCCGAUAGGCCAAGCCCCACCUGUCACAGUAUUAGUCCCAUAUCCUGUCAUUCUCCCCAUUCCGCUGCCUAUUCCGAUACCAAUACCAUUUUCGGCGUUCGUCCAGGCUCACUGCGCCAGCAAAGUGAAAACUGAAAGCAAGCCCGAUGACGUGGAGGGACCCUUAGACUUUACAAUGAAUAGCGAUAAAAAGAGAGAUGAAGAUAGCGUGGGAAACAAUAAUGAACCAAAUUAUGAUACUGUACAAGAUACUAGUCCAGUUUGUGAACAAAGCAACGAACGAGUUGAAGAGGACAAAAUUGAAAGUGAAAUGAAUGAAUCUGGAAAUCCGGAACAGACCUUACCCAAGUUCAAAAUUACUAGACUUGGUAACAAAAUGGCAAAAAUAGUAACCAAAAGUCGAGAGCCCUCAGAAUCUACAAGACCUCUUAGAAAACGGCGAAGACUCGUGGAGGUGGCCACGGACGACGAAGCGCUCAUUCCAAAGACAAGAAAAAUAGUUGAAGUGUAAAGUUUUAUCCAAAUAUUCUGAUUUAUCUUUGAGGCUUAUACGCAUAAUGUCUUCUAGGCGCUAAACUAUAACAUACGUUUAAACGUAAAAAUCAUGCGAACGAGACAUUUUGAAAGAAACAUUCGCAAAAUGUCCCAGCCAUCUCUGAUACAUAUCACAAACGCAUGAUAAUCCGAACAGAGUUCAAUAUUCUUUCAGGUUGCUAGUCUUAGUUUUUAAGAUGCUAUUAAACUUUAUGUCUUAGGUAUUAGGGCGCACUGUAAAUGUGAUACUAGUAACUUAUUACUUCUAUGUAUGUAAAAUAAAAUAUUACUUACUUCUCUAACGUUGUUUUGUUAUUGAAUGUAUGCUAAUCUCUGAUGUUUUGUUUUAUUAUUAAGAGAUAAGUGAUAAGUGUGUUCGUGAAGUGGAAUCGUUUACAUACAUUCCGUUAUCAUGCAAAUAUUGAAUGUGAUAGCCUUUCUUCGUGAUAGCGAAACAAACAAACAAGCCAUUUGACGAGAUAGGUCAUGCUCUUACAAUGUUUUGAAACAUUAUUAUUGCUUUGAUUACGUCGGAUUUUGGUGCUAAGAUUUAGUAUCCGCUUCAUGUAAGUAUAUUCAAUAAUUAAGAAAGUUAGUUUUUGCUUUGGCUAUAAACGAUUAUGAUAACUAAUGGUAUACCGAUGGGCAUGGGUAUUUUAGUAUACAGACUGGACAGAGAAGAUUUAAGCGUUGAUCCGCAAGCUUGAAUUGACAAAAGAUUAUAGGCUCCUUUAUUUUAAAUCUAGGUUUUCUUUGAACUUAGCAAUAUUAACACGAAUUACUUAGAAACUGUUAUCCUUCAGAGAAACUCGCAUUACAUAAAAGAAGGCAAUUUUUAGAAUUGAAAUUGAUUAAUGUACUUACGUUUCUUAAUAACAUCACCAGUAGGAAAUAAUAUCUUAUCACCAAGUCAAUGAACUUUCAUAAAAGUUUAAUCUACGUAAUCCGUCCUUUAACACCAGGCAACAGCUCAAUAAAUGUAUCAUUUCUUUUCCAAUUUUCAUCGAUAACGCUGUGUCAAUAUCUACACACUGCAUUAUAAACAAACAAUUUCCUAAAGUAGCUCUGCCUCUUUUCCCGUUAGACUUCCGCAGCUCAAAGUACUUUAACACGUUCAAUGCCGCCGACACGCCUAGCGUGUUCUUGCUAAUUUCUAUAACUACGCCUCGAACACGCCAGGCGUGUCCUAAAUGUUUUAGAGAUAUUACGAAAAUUUGCCUAAAUUGCCUUUUGAAAUUUUCAGUACAUAAUCCUCUAGCAAUAACCUAAGUAUAAAUGAGGUGGCCUCCGGAAAAACUCUUUUAAUUUUUGCAUUAAAAAAAAAGUGAUUAUGUAAUGCCGAGAACACGCCGGGCGUGUCCACCUUUUCAACUUAUCAGAAGUUGUCAACAGUUUCUUUCUUUCGUUUUUAUACUUCCGUUAUAUUAUAUAGGUGUAUUCCCACAAAUGAAAACACGCGUAAAGUGUAUGGUAUAUGGUAUCACUGUCGUAAAUAGGGAGAUUUUGUGUUCCCAGUUAGUGCGACUAAAGUAAUUGAAAGGGAUGUAACAUUGCCGCACAACUCGUUAUCGUUAUAGGGAUGCCGCACAGCUGCAAAAUAUUGUGCAUUAUUUAGUUACUCCUUAAUUACCUGCUUUUGACUUACAACAAAUCCCUUCUUUGCUAUUACACACAAUACUUGAAGUGCGAACGAGAGUACCGAUAUGCCUACAAGUGUAUUAUGUAUAAAGUAUUUCAAAAUGACUACAUGUUUGCGAUCUCUGAUAAAAUUACGAUAA